AAACAGUUGUUAUUUACGCCAAAUCAGUUAUGUCACAGUCUUGAAGCUGAUGCACACCGUAGGUCUCUAAUGAGCUGCACACCCGUGCAACGCUUACAUGAUGUUUUAAUACCUAGAUACAUAUACAUAUAUAUAGUAUGUCAGCACUUUGAUUACGCUGUAACAUUUCACAAUAUGUUUCCUUCUACUUUAUCAUUCAGACACUAGACAGUGAGUAAGAAACACAUGACAAACAAGAAUUUAUUUACAAGUGUGUAGGGCAAGCAAACCUUUUACUUUCAGUACUCUCGAUUAAAAGAGGGAGAAAUAUGUUAAAGUAGAAGACUACUAUAUCAUCAAAGACAAGAAAUAUUGAAAAGGUGAAAAAUCCAGAUGUCCAGUGUCUUAUUAGCAGUUUACAAUAACUAGUGGCAUGAUGUAGACCCAUCAACGUGGCCUACAACAGAAGUCUAACAGACAUUGUCGUCAUACAAUUGGUUCUGCUCUCACCAAGCUGGGUGUGCAUAUUUCACGCUUGUCUUGUGUGAGUACUGUGUAUGAUAAUGGAUAUCACAAGAUACACGUAUAUAAAGGGAUGCUUGUCAUACGUUAUUCACUUGCUUCUUAAGUUUUGACUACUAUAGAUUUGCAAUGGUCAGAUUUUGAAGCUGAACCAGAAAGGCGAGAAGAGAUAAUGGAUACACCUAGCUGCCGUCUUCUCAAUAUUGGGAAGAUCUUGGGUGCCCAUCCAACACAACAGGGAUGCAAUUCAACAGCUUUGCUUCCAGUCAAUGGCUCUUCCAGUCAUAAUUUAUGCACAUUAAGUGUAAGCCCCAGUGUUUCCAUCUUUGACCAGAAAGUUAGCAUCAGGAUCCAUGGUCUUCCUAGCCAUGGCAUGGCUACACUGCAAGCUUGGAUGUAUUUCAAAUGGCGUGGCAAAGAUGAGCUCUUUGUGUCAUGUGGGCGAUACUAUGCUGACUCCAAUGGAGAGAUAGAUUUGGACAGACAUCCUUCACUGAGUGGAACUUAUACAGGUGUGGAUUCCAUGGGUCUGUUUUGGAGUAUGGGUUCUUUGCCUGGUCAUCCAAAGGAUGUUUGCAUGGCCAUUCGAAACGUUCAAGAGCCAAUUCUCAUAAACCUGGCUCUGUUCUCUGGCCACAUUACGGUGGAUGAAUCCAGCAUUGCCAUGAAGACAAUCACACCUUUGUGUACUUGUACCAUCACACGUCUAUGCAAAGCACCAGACGUAAAGAGGAUUGAAAUCAAGGAGGGAAAUAUUAGAGGCGCUCUGUUAUGGCCACCAGGUAAUGGUCCAUUUCCGGGUGUGAUUGACAUGUAUGGAGGAGCAGGUACCCUUCGUGAUGCGCGAGCUGGGUUGUUGGCAACAAGAGGCUUUGCAACACUGGCCUUAGCUUAUUUCAAGUAUCAGGAUCUUCCAGAAGACAUCACUGACAUUCGACUGGAAUACUUUCAGGAAGCUGCCAGAUGGUUGAGCUCUCACCCAGCAGUAAUUCCUGGUGGCAUUGGUGUGAUUGGCACUUUCCUACGGUGGCAUGCUUGCACUGUGUAUGGCAUGCCUGUGUCCACAGUCUGUUAUGUAAAAGCAGUUGUGAAUAUUAAUGGACCUCCCCUUGCUAAGUAUGAUUUGUGGCAUCAAGGGAAGUUAUUUAUAAAAAGCAAAUACCCAGAUGUUGUUAAAUGUGAAGAAAUGGGCUAUGUCUUCAUAGGUCCACUUGAAUACACAAGAGAAGAUUUCAUACCAGUGUGGAAGAGCGAGGCCCACAUCCUAUGUCUGUGUGGUGAUGAUGAUGGACAGUUGCAGACUCAGUGGUUGCUAGAUCUCAAGGACUGCUACCCUGAGGACAAACAACACAAGAUAAAUGUAGUUGUGUACCCUGGUACAGGCCAUCUGCUGGAGCCACCUUACUCACCACACUGCCUGUAUUGCUUUAGCCCUGCACUGUCAAAUCAACAUGGUCUGUGGGAAGGAAGUCCAGUGCCUCAUGCAACUGCUCAGUUGGAUGGCUGGCAAAGAGCUGUUUUGUUCCUGAAAACCAUCCUGACACAGAAACAAAGAGCAGCAAGGUGGUUACGUGCUCAGCUGUGGAAAAGUCCUCCAUGUAAAGAGAGCAAGGAGAAGCUAUUUGACUCCAAGAUAUGUUAGUUUAUCUACCCAAGAAUAACUAAGAAAGCUGAACUGCAGCUCCAAUCUUAAAGUAACAGAACAGCACUAAUACAUUUUACUUCAAACCCGUACUGACAAUGGUAAAUUUGAUUUUAAUAUGACAUUUAUUUUAUAAAUAUAUAAAUAGCAGAAAAAUAAUGUUUAUUGCUUUCUUGCUCAGCUAUGCUUGUAAAAAAGAUUUUUUUUAAAAUAAAAACUGUGUUUGAUAUUUUAUUACCUUGAAAGAACAAAAAUAAACCAAGGGACUUCAUUUUGUGAGUGUGUGUGUGCUUGUGCACAUAUGCAAACAAGCACAUUGGAUUCCAUUCCACUAAAUACUGAUGAAACUGAUCUUUUUUGUACUCUUGUUACAGCAGGUUGUUUUGUCUUGCAGUCUAAAUGGAUUAAACACACAGCAUCGUUAAAUA